GUGAGCUGUCAUUUUUCUAUCCACAAAAAGAUUUAUCGCUAGGUAUUGCUUACAAAAAAUAAGUUUUGAAUACGUAGUGCCUAUCAAAAAUGUUUCGAACAAGUGUAUUCGAUAAAUUAUUGGAUAAAGCGACAAGUAAUCUACGCCUAGAUCCUGACUGGCCGUCUAUCUUGCAAAUCUGUGAUUUAAUUAGACAAAAUGAUUGUUCACCAAAAUAUGCAGUGGCUGGUGUCAAAAAGAAACUUUACUCACAAAAUCCUCAUCAGGCAAUGUUUGCAUUGUUAACCUUGGAAAGCAUAGUUAAAAAUUGUGGUUCAGGUGUACAUGACGAAGUUGCAUCAAAAGCAUUCUGUGAAAUGCUUCGUGAUUUAGUGAAGACAACCCAGCAUGAAAAUUUGAAAACCAAAAUUCUGGAGUUGAUACAGGCAUGGGCGUUUGCUUUCCGCAACACUCCCAAAUAUAGAGCUGUGCAGGAUACAGUGAAUAUAUUAAAAGCUGAAGGACAUAAGUUUCCUCCGUUGAAAGAAUCUGAUGCAAUGUUUUCUGCGGACACUGCCCCUGAAUGGGCAGACGGUGAAGUCUGUCAUAGGUGUCGUGUGGCUUUCUCUUUGAUGGUUCGCCGCCAUCAUUGCCGCGCUUGUGGACAAGUGUUCUGCCAACAGUGCAGUUCCAAAACAUCAACUUUGCCUAAAUUUGGCAUUGAAAAAGAGGUGCGAGUUUGUGAGGCUUGCUUCGAUAAAGUCAGCCGUCCGCCGUCCUCUGCAAAGAUUGAAAUUGUUGACACAUCAAGUGAUUAUGGUCCUGCUCAACCACAGAAGCCACCAGGGAAAACGGCGGAAGAGUUGCAAGAAGAAGAGGAAUUACAACUAGCGCUUGCUUUGAGCCAGUCAGAGGCUGAACAAAAGGAGAAGGAGAAACGCUCCCGCUCAUAUAUUGCUCCUGAACCAACAACUCAUCCAACAUUAUCCCCAACGCCGUCGUCAGUGAGCGCGUCGCCGGAACACGGCACGGGCAACGCGGAGCUGUCCCGCUACCUCGACCGCAACUACUGGGAGCAGCGGCUGUCGCGUGAUCCUGCGGCGCCCACCGCGCCGUCCUCGCACGGGACUAAUGAUGCGGCGGAGGACUUCUCGAAACCUUCGUCUGCGAAAUCUCAAGAAGAUGAAGCGGAGGAUAAAGAAAUUGAUGACUUUGUUGAGAAUCUCAAAUCCCAAGUGGAAAUAUUUGUUAACAGAAUGAAGAGUAAUUCUUCUCGUGGUCGCUCCAUCGCCAAUGAUACAUCUGUACAAACGUUAUUCAUGAACAUAACAGCAAUGCACUCCAAGCUUCUUAAAUAUAUUCAGCAACAGGACGAUAAAAGGGUUUACUUAGAGAGCUUACAGGACAAAAUAAGCCAAGUGCGCGAUAGCAGAGCGGCGCUAGACACGCUGCGCGCGGAACACGCGGCGCGACUCGCACAAGCCGCAGAGGCGGCCGAGCGACAGCGGCAGAUGCAAAUGGCGGCCAAGCUGCAGGCCAUGAGGAAGAAGAAGCACGAGUACCUGCAGUACCAGCGACAGUUGGCGCUGCAGAGGGUGCAGGAGCAAGAGCGCGAAAUGCAAAUGCGGCAGGAACAGCAGAAGCACCAGUACAUGAUGUCCAGCAGCGGUUAUUAUAUGCCUGGUGUUGCUAUGCACCAAUUCCAACCCGGUUUUCCCAAUCAGCUCAUGUACGCCCCGUUUCAUCCCCAAAUGCCACCUCAAACGACAGACGGCUCCACACCAUUACCUGGACAAACACACAUGUCUCAAGCUAACAUGCCAAUGAAUGUUAAUCAAAUGGGAACAAUGUCUCAAUCGAUGCCACAAAUGAAUACCUUCCCUAUGUCUACAUCGGCGGCUACGUUGAGCCAAGUUCCACCAAUCCAAGGACCAAUGAAUCAACCGAACAUGCGCCCAGUCAUGGGACAACAGUUACCCAUGCAGCAACAGAUGAUGAUGCAGCAAAUGCAACAAAUGCGUCUACCGUCUCAGCCGGGCAUUCACCAAAUGAUGCCGCAAUCCGUCCCAAAUGGACCUCCAGGUCAAGGUGUAUCACAACCAAAUAUACCAAACCAACAACAAAUACCAAAACCAAAUAUGCCGAAUCAGCCACCUAACACCAUGAUGCCUCCCAUGACUCUUGCGCAACCUAACAUGGUGCAACAAAACGCCACUAAUCCAAUGUACGGUAUGCAAAUGCAGCGAAUGCCAAUGAUGCAAGGUAACCAACUAAACAACAAUCCCCAAGUACCUGUAUCUGGGUAUCCAGUUAAUUCUCAAAACCCCCAAACUAGUCAACAAUCUGGAUCCCAAAUGCCAGGUCAACCUAUGCCAGUGCAUAGCCAACCAAUGAUGCAUAACCAGUCAGUGCCUGGGCAGAAUAUGCCUAUUCAAAAUCAUUUGCCUCCCACUAGCCAGAAUUUACCUCAACCCCAACAACAGGGCCAGCAAAAUCAUCAGCAAUCCCAAAUAACUCAACACCAGCCAAUGCCUGUUCCAGGACAACCACCUCACUUUCAAAACCCUCAAAUGCUAGCACAAAAUCAAAACAUUCCUCAAAACCAAAAUAUGAAUCAAGGUCCUCCAUUGCAACAGAAUCAGAUGCCAACAAAUACUCAAGCUGCACAGAUCAAUUCCCCUCAUAACAUGGUACCUCCUUCAAUGCAACAACAAAUGCAUCCACCGCAAAUGACGAUGCCCACGUCUAAUCAAAUGGCACAACACAUGCAACCACCACAACCGGGGCAAAUGCCUCAAAAUAUGCAACAAUCUGUUGGACAAAUGCCGCAAAAUAUGCAUCUGCCUCCUAACAUGCAAGCAGCACAGAACAUGCAGGCGCCGCAAAACAUGCAGGCCCCCCAUAAUAUGCAAGUGCCCCAAAACAUGCAAACGCCGCAAAACAUGCAAGCGCCGCAAAAUAUGCAGCAAGGGCAGGUCCCCCCUAAUAAUGUGCAGGGUCAAGGUGUAAAAAAUCUGCCGCAAAACUUUGGAAAUGCACCACCAAAUCCGCAGUCUGCUAUACAACAAACUCAACAAGUCCAAACUCCUAUCAAGUCUGAAAGUAAUAACAAUACUGCGGAACUUAUCAGUUUCGACUAGACAUUCUGGAAAAUUGUUAUUUAAUGUGUAAAAUUUUACCAUAAUAGCAUAGAACUUGACUAUAAAGUUAUAAUGACAUUAUCCACACAGCUUUUUAAUAUUGUUGAUAACUAAUAAAAAAUCAUAUAAUAGGUACAUAAUAUAUUACAUAUUAUUAUUCUUUUUAUUUUUGGUGGUAAAAACCUCGCCCAUUUCUGGGGAAAUACGCUAAAGUAGCGGGCUUUUGGCCAAAGCAACUUUAGGGGGUAUAUAAAAUUACAUAUACGUUAUUAUUAAUAA